AUGGCUUCCCCAUUCCCAACCGUCUCCUCUAAGGCUUCUGGCGUCCAGAUCUUGGGCCCAAUCCCAGCCGAGGCAAAGCACAUUUUCUCGCCUGAGGCACUUGCCUUGGUCGCCACAUUGCACAGAAACUUCCAGGGCCAGAGAAAGAAGUUGUUGGCCAACCGUAAGGUGGCCCAAGCACAAAGAGAACAAGGUAUCAUGCCAGACUUCUUCCCAGAGACCAAGUAUAUCAGAGACGACGCCACUUGGACUGGCCCACCAUUGGCUCCAGGUUUGAGAGACAGAAGAGUCGAGAUCACUGGUCCUACUGACAGAAAGAUGGUUAUCAAUGCAUUGAACUCCGGUGUUGCAACUUACAUGGCUGACUUCGAGGACUCCUUGACCCCAGCUUGGAAGAACUUGGUCGAGGGUCAAGUUAACUUGUACGAUGGUGUUCGUAGAAACUUGUCUUACGAGACCAACGGUAAGAAGUACAAGUUGAACUUGGACCCAGGCAGACACAUUCCUACCUUGAUCGUCAGACCAAGAGGCUGGCACUUGGAUGAGAAGCACGUCUUGGUCGAUGGCGAGCCUGUCUCCGGUGGUAUUUUCGACUUUGCCAUUUACUUCUACAACAACGCCAAGGAGUCUGUUGCUCGUGGCUUUGGUCCAUACUUCUACUUGCCUAAGAUGGAGCACCACUUGGAGGCCAAGUUGUGGAACGACAUCUUCUGCCACGCACAAGACUACAUUGGAAUGCAACGUGGUACCAUCAGAGGUUCCGUUUUGAUCGAGACCUUGCCAGCCGCUUUCCAGAUGGACGAGAUCAUCUACCAAUUGCGUCAACACAUUGGUGGCUUGAACUGUGGUAGAUGGGACUACAUUUUCUCCUACAUCAAAUCUUUGAGAAACCACAAGGAGUUCAUCUUGCCUGACAGAUCCGAUGUCACCAUGAACGCUCCAUUCAUGGCUUCUUACGUCAAGCUUUUGGUCAACACCUGUCACAAGAGACAAGUCCAUGCAUUGGGUGGUAUGGCCGCUCAAAUUCCAAUCAAGAAUGAUGACGCCAGAAACAAGGCUGCCAUGGAGAGUGUUGCCAAGGACAAGUUGAGAGAGGUUUCUGCUGGUUGUGACUCCUGUUGGGUUGCCCACCCAGCUUUGGUUCCAGUUGUGCUCAAGGUCUUCAACGAACACAUGAAGGGCCCUAACCAGAUCAAUGUUCCUCCAAAGGUUCCAUACACCCCUGUCACUGCAAGAGACUUGUUGAGUCCAUUUGUGCCAAACUCCAAGAUUACUGAGCAAGGUAUCAGAACUAACUGUAUCAUUGGUUUGUCAUACAUUGAGGCUUGGUUGAGAAACUUGGGAUGUGUCCCAAUCAACUACUUGAUGGAGGACGCCGCCACUGCCGAGGUCUCCAGAACCCAGCUUUGGCAAUGGGUUACUCACGGUGCUAAGACCGACCAGGGUAAGGUGGUUGACAAGGCUUACGUCAACAGACUUUUGGACGAAGAGUACGCAAAGUUGGCCAAGGCUGCUGCCCCAGGCAACAAGUUCAAGAAGGCUUUGGAAUACUUCAAGCCUGAGGCUUUGGGUGAGAAGUACUCUGACUUCGUCACUACUUUGAUCUACGACGAGAUCACCACUGUUGGCAGACCAAUUCCAGCUGAGAAGUUGUAG